UGAUAAUGUACCCGUAUCGUUGAUAAUGCGCCAUUCCUAAUGUGACCUAACUUUUCCUAAUGCGCAGUUUAUUUGUUCAUUUUAGGCGACCACUCGUAUUAAUGCUGCACGAAGAAGCAUAGUCCAAACUAGCCAAAUUAGAGUCCAGCUACUAGUCAGGUUGUAAGGAUUCUAGUACAAUGUGUGAGCUUAGUUGUUUCCUUGUGAUGGAUACAACCAAUUCAAACUGUGAUAAUUAUUCUUACUCAUGGAUACUUGAAAGUUAGAAACAAUGGACCAGAGUCUAAUCGAGGCAGUUUUGGAGAACCACUCGAGAUCACAUACCGCAAUUAAUAGAUUGCAUGAUCAACUCCAAUCAUUAGAAAUAUUGCAAGAUUCUGCUAGAAGAUCUUUUACAGCUGCUCGAGUCUCUGGUGCUGAAUUGGAUAGGUCAUCUAACAAUUUGUUGCGAUCAUCAUCCCAAAUUUUAGUUCCAUCUCCUGAAGUAACUUCUCCUGUAUAUGGAAGCAAAUCUGCCUCUGAUCUGCAUGACAUUUCUUCGAGAAGACAUUUUUAUAAGGACGUGAGUCCAUCAAAAAUGAGAUUAUCUGAAAGCCAGACUUCUGGAUUCGAUGUAUCUGCAAUUCUCUCACAACUGUCUCCACCCAAACCAUUUGCUUCUGAAAAUUCAAACCGUUUAUCAUUUGGAAGUCACAAUAUGAGCGGUGAUGAAUUGCUGGGAAUUCUCGAUAAAAUAUCAGUCACUGGUCAUCAGUUGCAAACAGAACUUCAGGAUGCUAAAGUUCGGGAGGCACAUCUUAUUAGGGAAGUUCAAAAUGCAAAGUCAAAGCAGAAUGGAUUUCAGAAAGUAUCUCCGUGGAAAAGUAAUGAAUUUGGAUCAACUUGCGCUUUCUGUAAGACUGGAAAACAUGUCUCAACAAAAAUGAGUAGUGAUGAUGCUGCGAAUAUUCGAGCAAAAUGUGAAAAACUACAGGAUGCAAUGUUAUCUCUGCAAGACGAAAACAUGAAAUUGAAUAGAAUGUUGAGGCUUCCUUCACAUAGCCAGGAGAAUGAUUCGGUAUCAACAAGCGAUUCUAAAUUGAAACAAAAUGAUCAGGAAUUAAUUAAGCUCCAAGAAAAAAUUGAUAAAUUAAAGAAGCAAUUGGAUGAAAGUGAGAAAAGUUUACUGAAAGAAAGAGACAAAGUGACCUCAUUUGAAAUAUCUCAGCAGGUUUGUCACCAGAAAAGAGAUGCUGGAAUCAACACCUCAUCUGAAAAGUUGAACUAUAGAGAGAAUUCUGAGAAACAGCUUGAGAAUUUAUGUUCAAGAUUACAAAUAAAAGCUGAUACUUUGCAAGAACAAAACAGUGAAUAUUCGAUGCGAAUUCAAAGAUUAGAGAAAUGUAUAAGUUCAGCCAAUGAGAGUAAAAUGUCAGAUGAAACAUAUAACAUACGGAUAGAUGAUUUACAUAAUGCACUUCUUGCCAAAGAUGAUCAACUGAAAAGUUUAGAAGCCAAACUGAAAUCUGUGAAUAAACAAAUGGAGGAGACGGAAAACAAAACACAAAAGAUGAAAACUAAAGAUAUUUGCAAAAGAAAGGAAGUUUUAUUACUUUGUGAAAAAUAUGAACAACUAAAGAAAAAUGUCAAAAGAUUGGAGUCAGAUCUACGAGAUUCUCAAAAGAAACUUCAAGAAUCAACAACAAAAGCAUGGGCAUUAGAAACCUCGUAUCAAAAGAAUGCAGAAGAAAAUGAGAUUCUGAGACAUCAACUUCAACUACAUGAAAGCCUCAUUAACUCAACCAGAGCUUGCCAAAAUGGAAACGGUACUACGAAUAUUUUAAAAGAUUAUGAACGAUUGACUGAGAAAUAUGAGGCACUAUUGGAUUUGAGAUUGAGAGAAUAUGAUAGAGUGAAAGUAAAUGCAAAAACAAAGAAAGUAAUGAAGCAAAUAAAUGUUGAACGGAGACAUCACACGGAUAGAAAACCUGAUACAAGAAGAUCGUUAAUUAAAGAUUAUGACCAGCAUGAAAGAGUAAUGACAGAUUCUAUGUGGAAAAGACAACAAGACUUCAGAAGAUUUUAUGCUCGAGAUGAAAUUUCUGCUCCAUCAAGAUUGAGAAGUCAAUCAGCAGAUGAAAUUCCAAUCAAUUCCUGUCGAUCAGAGCCGAGAAAAAUUCACAUUCAAUCUAAUUUGAAGGAAGACUUGCCCAUGAGAAUGGAAGAAUUGAGUUAUCCUCGUCACACGUCGCGUGGAAGCUAUUUACCUGGUGAUGAGUCAGGAUUGAGAUAUUCAGAUGGUGAAAAGUAUCUUCCUAAAAGGGAUUUCAAUAAUAAUAGUAAUAACAACAACCACAUGCUGAGCCAUUUCGACUCUAAAGGCAGAGAUAGAAAUAUGCUGACUAGUACUCCAGUGAAAAUGUUGGAAUCGGAACAAGACAGGAUUGAAAGACGAGAAAAAUAUGAUGAUAAAGAAGGAAAAUCAACUUUUGUUGUACCUACUGACAGGCAAAUACCGUUGCUGUCAUCGCGGAAGAACACAAUUGAUAAUCGUACAGAAUCAAAAACACGUUCAAGAUCGUUAUCUCCUAUAAGAAUUGAUGAUAAAGAUUUUGAAAACAAAAUGGAAGAUUUCAGACCUUCAUCGAGCAGAGAGUCUCAAAAAUCUGUUUCUUUUAAUUUAAAUCCAGCACAUCGGCGAACAAAAUCAACUAAUUCUGUAAUGGAUGUCGGUUUCGUCGGAUCAAAAUUAACAUCACCUCGCCGUGAAAACAUGCUAAUGAAGAGAAAAAACAUCUCUCCAGUUGAAGUUCUCGAAAAGGUGAAGAGCGCAUAUCAAGAAGAGUAUUUGCACAAUAUGAAAGGAGUGGACUGGAUCAUAUCACCUGAGAAUUCACCACCUGACCUGAAACAAAGCUCAAAUCUACCUGGAAGUUAUGUAAAGUCCGCUAGUCUAUCACCCUCACAAAAAUCGUCACUCAUGGGGGCCACAUUGUGUGCAAAUAGAUAUAAAAGAAGCACAGAAAGUGUGAAAACACUUCUGGAGAAAAAUUAUGGCACAAAUCACUCCAAUGGAAUAUCAGGAAGUAAACAUGAAACCAUCAGUGAAUACGUUCCUACUCGAAAGUUAUCCAGCUCACCCAAAAGUAUUUUAAAAAAACCGAAAGAUUCAAAUGCAUCUUUAGGUAAUUCAAAUAGAAUACCUGUAGUAGUGAGGGAAAAAUUUUCUCAUCAUAAAAUAGACUUCGAUUCUACUUAUGAUCUGUCGCCACCUGAAAUGUUUCGCGAUUUAAAUCGAAAAGAUGAAAGCGUCGACAGUACACAGACUGUCGUGAAUGAAUCUGUUGAAAUUAUAGAUAUAAAACCAAAAUCAAUGAAUCAGGAUGGCACUUUGAUUUCUCCGGAUUCUUCUUUUAAAAGCGAAUCACAAGUUUCUGGAAAAAGAGAGUAUUAUGGUAACGAAGUUUCAGAAAUGAUAGAAAGAAAAGAAGAAAAAAUAAAACGUGAAAACAAACCUGAAAAUCUUAUGAUCCCAGUGCAGUUUUCAAAAGAUGAUGACACUGAUUCUUUGGGACAGUCUAGCAUAUCAAGUACCCGUGAUCAUAUCGGAAGAUUUGAGUUUUUACAAGAAAUGCAGUCAACGCUGAAAAACCCUGCGUUUUCCUAUCAGAAACAACCUUUCAGCGACAUGCCAGAUUCAAAUGACAAAAUAAACCUUGAUUCUGACAUUGGACUCAGUGCACGGCAACAGGAAUAUGCAGAUAAAUUGAUCAAAAAAUACAUGAAAAAAUCGAAUAGCUAAUUGACAUAUUCUGAGAUAACAAGACAAAAGAAUGAAUAUUGAAAAUUUUGAAAAAAAUUGAUUUGAAAAAAUUAUGAAGAAAUAAAUGCAUUUAAAAUGGGUUUCUAAACCUCAAGUCUUGUAGUUAAUUUAUCAGUUAUUUCCACCUUGCCCCUUUUUUUCUAUGUUUUUAGUGAUUUGCCAUUUUUGUAUGGCUAUCGAGCAUAUGGGAACCUUACUUUUAUUGCACGUUGUAGAUACUGUACAGUUCUUUUAUGGUGGAGGUUUCCGAUAUUUCUAAUGAAAAUUUGCUUUCGUAAGUUAGAAAUAGGUAUAAAGAAUAACAAUAUGCUUGAAUUAUGAUUCUUUUUGAACAUUGUAUAUACUUGAAAUACCUGCUGCUAUGUUUUUGUGAUAAUUCCAAAGAAUAUUUCUCUUGUAUAUUUUUAUGAAUUCAAAAAAUUUUUUAUGACAAGCAAAAUUUCUAUUUUUUGCUGCUGUAAGGCUAAAGUGAUUUUAUACAUUUUUAGGUAAUUUGAUAAUCUGGUUUGACCGAAAUGACCUGCUGCUUAUGUUUGAAAUAUUAGAUUGAGAGAAGUGAACCUUGGCACCAUAGUUGAGGAUGAGCAAGCAUAUUACUUCGUUAAUAACCUUGCUUUUGGGGCAAACCAGCCAUUUGCUGCUAUUUCUGUAUCUGCUGCUUAAAAUUUAUUCUAAAAUUGCUAUUUUUAUACAAAAUUACCUAAGAAAUAUG